UUAUUUAUUUAUUUAUUUAUUUAUUUAUUUAUUUGUUUCUAAACGGCAUCUGAGAGGCGCUAAUGACCAGCGAGCUGCUGCUGCUGCUGCUGACCGGCCGAGAUAUAAACAUGUGACCGCUGUGUGGUCGCUCAGUUACUGCUGCACCUGACGGGAUUACGCACGGUAGAGGUCUCUGCUCCAUCUUUCUGCUGCUGCUGCUGCUGCUGCUCUUGAGGGAGGAGGAUGGACAACACGGAUCAGGGUGCUCAGAUAGAGCCGCUGCUGCCAUCGAUCAAUUCUGUGUUCGACUCAUCCGAUGCGUGUAGGAGUCUGAGGAACGAUGACGAGGCGGUGGUGGACAGGGGAGGGACGCGGUCCCAGCAGAGCACCAACUUCGAGCAGGAGGAUCUAGAAGGCCACAGGACUCUCUACAUUGGGGUCCACGUGCCCCUGGGCAGCACCAGGCACCGCAGCCAUCGCAGGACCCGUCACCAUGGAAACAAACACAGGAGGAGCAGGGAUCGCACCCUUCCCUUGGUGGAGGGCAGAGAGUCUCCUGUUUACGACACUCCCUCCCAGAGAGUGCAGUUCCUGCUGGGGACGGAUGACGACGACGAGGAGCACAUCCCCCAUGACCUCUUCACAGAGAUGGAUGAGAUCUGUGUGAGGGAUGGAGAGGAUACCGAGUGGAGGGAAAGUGCCAGGUGGCUGAAGUUCGAGGAGGAUGUUGAGGAUGGAGGGGAGCGAUGGAGCAAACCCUACGUGGCCACGCUGUCUCUGCACAGUCUGUUUGAGCUGCGCAGCUGCAUCAUCAACAGCACUGUGCUGCUUGACAUGAGGGCUAGUACCACUGAGGAGAUCGCAGACAUGGUCUUGGACCACCAGGAGUUAUAUUCACCGCUGGGAGACGAGCUGAGGAAGAAAGUGCGCGAAACCCUGCUGAGGCAGCACCACCACCAGAACCAGAAGAAGCUGGCCAGCCGCCUGCCGAUCGUACGCUCCAUCGCUGACAUGGGCCGGCGGACGUCAGAGCUCCACCUGGACAAGAAUGGUCAGAUGAUGGCGUCUCAGUCGCAGUUAGCGGGUCCAGAUGGCAAAACGGACAUCAGCAGAGAAAACAGUUCCGUUGACUUCAGUAAGAUAGACCUUCAUUUCAUGAAGAAGAUCCCGCCGGGAGCCGAAGCGUGUAAUGUGUUGGUGGGAGAGCUGGAAUUUCUGAACAAGCCGGUGGUGGCGUUUGUCCGUCUUUCCCCUGCGGUUCUCCUCAAUGGGCUGGCUGAAGUCCCAAUAGCCACAAGGUUUCUGUUUAUUCUUUUAGGGCCCUUGGGUCGAGGGGCUCAGUAUCACGAGAUAGGAAGGUCCAUUGCGACACUCAUGACAGAUGAGGUUUUCCACGAUGUUGCCUAUAAAGCUAAAGACCGGAACGACCUGAUCGCUGGGAUCGAUGAAUUCCUCGAUCAAGUGACAGUCCUGCCUCCUGGAGAAUGGGACCCGUCCAUAAGGAUAGAGCCACCAAAAAAUGUCCCGUCUCAGGAGAAAAGGAAGAAAAAUAACAGUCUGGCUAAUGGAUUAGUGGAGGCGGAGGAGGAGGAAGAGCACGACGACCACGGGGGUCCAGAGCUGCAGCGUACUGGAAGGUGGUUCGGUGGUCUCUUUCUAGACAUCAAGCGCAAGCUCCCGCACUACCUGUCCGACUACACUGACGCUAUUAGUUUGCAGUGCGUCGCCUCUUUCUUAUUCCUCUACUGUGCCUGCAUGUCCCCUGUCAUCACCUUUGGAGGACUUCUGGGCGAGGCAACGGAAGGACGCAUAAGUGCAAUUGAGUCACUGUUCGGCGCCUCGCUGACUGGAAUAGCUUAUUCCCUGUUCGCUGGGCAGCCUCUUACCAUCCUGGGAAGCACGGGGCCGGUGCUUGUGUUUGAAAAGAUAUUGUUCAAAUUCUGCAAGGAGUACGGCUUGUCCUAUCUGUCACUGAGAACCUGCAUUGGCCUGUGGACGGCUUUCCUCUGCAUUUUGCUGGUGGCCACGGAUGCCAGCUCCCUCGUCUGUUACAUCACACGUUUCACAGAGGAGGCCUUUGCCUCGCUUAUCUGCAUCAUCUUCAUCUACGAGGCCUUGGAGAAGCUCUUCCACCUGGGGGAACACUACCCCUUCAACAAGAACAACAACCUGGAUAAGCUCACCAUGUACUCAUGUUCGUGCGUUGAACCGUCUGACCCCACCAAUGGCACCCUGAAGUACUGGGAGAUGAACAACAUCACCGCCUCGGAAAUCUACUGGGAAGCCCUGGAGGUCAAGGACUGCAUUGAAAAGCAAGGGGAGUUUGUGGGAAGAGCCUGUGGCCCUCACGGACCAUACGUUCCAGAUGUUCUCUUCUGGUGCGUCAUUCUCUUCUUCUCCACUGUCUUCAUGUCUGCAUUCCUCAAGGAGUUCAAAUUCAGCAAUUACUUUCCCACGAAGGUGAGGUCCAUCAUCAGUGACUUUGCUGUUUUCUUCACUAUCCUCACCAUGGUGUUGGUCGACUAUGCUUUAGGCAUACCCUCUCCAAAACUAAAGGUUCCCAGUGUGUUUAAGCCAACCAGAGAUGAUCGAGGCUGGUUCAUCUACCCGCUGGGGCCCAACCCCUGGUGGACGGCGGUCAUAACGGUAUUCCCAGCUCUUCUUUGCACCAUCCUCAUCUUCAUGGACCAGCAGAUCACAGCUGUCAUCAUCAACAGGAAGGAGCACAAGCUCAAGAAAGGCUGCGGAUACCACCUGGACCUGUUUAUGGUGGGAGUGAUGCUGGGCGUGUGCUCUCUGAUGGGCUUGCCGUGGUUUGUGGCGGCCACCGUCCUCUCCAUCACCCACGUCAACAGCCUGAAACUUGAGUCCGAGUGCUCAGCUCCUGGGGAGCAGCCCAAGUUCCUCGGGAUCAGAGAGCAGCGCUUCACAGGCCUCAUGAUCUUCACCCUCAUGGGCUGCUCCGUCUUCAUGACUUCAGUGCUUAAGUUCAUCCCUAUGCCUGUGUUGUAUGGAGUAUUCCUUUACAUGGGAGCGUCUUCUCUCAGAGGCAUUCAGUUCUUUGAUCGUCUCACAUUGUUCGGCAUGCCUGGCAAGCACCAGCCGGACUUCAUCUACUUACGGCACGUACCCCUGAGGAAGGUGCAUCUCUUCACCAUCAUCCAGCUGAGCUGUUUGCUCAUGCUCUGGGUCAUCAAGACCUCCAAAGCGGCCAUCGUCUUUCCUAUGAUGGUGUUGGCUCUGGUGUUUAUAAGAAAGUUAAUGGACUGUAUCUUCACCAAGAGAGAGCUGAGCUGGCUGGAUGACCUCAUGCCGGAAAGCAAGAAGAAAAAACUCGAGGAUGCGGAAGAGGAGGAGGAGGAGCAGAGUAUACUGGCUGAAGAUGAGGGGGUUGUCCAGGUGCCGUUAGAAGGCUAUAAAGGGAUCCCCAUCAUCAACAUCACAGAUGAAAUGUCAAAGGGUUCUUUUGGAAAUACUUGGAAUGCCAAUGGUUAGUUUCUGAAAGAAUCCACAACAUAACAACAGCAACAACAACAACACAAUUCAUAAAGUUUUUCCUACACAACUCAAGAUGAUGGAAUGCGAGGUGAGGGGCAGCGGGCACACUGUUGUAUAUGUCACGGUUCCUUCUCUGUGUUUGUUAAUCUAAUCUGCGCCGUGUACCGCAGAUUAUCAAUCCUUCAAGUUCAGUCUCGUAAGUCUCUGUGCGUAAGUGAAUAACUUGGUUUUCUGACAUGUGUCAUGAAUAUCCCGGUUCAUGGACCAACGAAAUGUGUCACGCUGUCAAAUUGGACUGUGAAUUUACCAUGUCGCUUUAUUGAAUGUUAACUAUAAAAGCACACAUCUCUGAGGAACCAAAUGCAAUAGCCCAUUCGGCCAGAAUGGCGAAAUGAUUUUAGCUUUAUUUGUUUUCUGCAAUAAAAUGAAUAUGUUUGCUACAGAAUCUGUUUUAAACUAAUGGAAACUAACAGUAUUUUUUGCUUAUUGGUGUUACUGUAUCUUUGCUUAUAUUGUGAGUGUAAAUGUUAUCAAAGGAUCCUAAUGUGUUAAAUGUUUGUAUGGAAUUUACUAAGCCACAAUGUUUUAUCAUAAAUGUAUUUAACCCUAA